AUGGCCAAAAACAAGGAUGCCCGGGCGCCGACGUUCGCACUCAGUGUGGUGGGACUAUCGGGGACGGAGAAGGAGAAGGGCAACUGCGGCGUGGGGAAGUCCUGCCUCUGCAACCGCUACGUCCGCCCUGAGGCAGACGGCUACUACACAGAACACACCUCUGUCCUCAGCACCAUAGACUUUGGCGGCCGAGUGGUUAACAAUGAUCACUUCUUGUACUGGGGCGAUGUGUGUCACCGAGGGGACGACAGCUUGGACUGUCGCAUUCAGAUCAUCGAGCAAACAGAGUUCAUUGACGACCAGACCUUCCUGCCGCACCGCAGCACUAAUCUGCAGCCCUACACCAAGAGGGCGGCCUCCACCAAGCUGCAGUCUGCAGAGAAGCUCAUGUACAUCUGCACAGACCAGCUGGGGCUGGAGCAGGACUUUGACCAGAAGCAGAUGCCCGACGGGAAGCUCAACAUUGACGGCUUCAUCCUGUGCAUAGACGUCAGCAAGGGUUGCAACCGCAAGUUUGACGACCAGAUGAAGUUCGUCAACAGUCUUUACUCACAAAUCGUCAAAACCAAGAAACCCAUUGUUGUUGCUGCCACCAAAUGUGACGAGUGCGUGGAGCAGCACCUGAGGGACCUGCAGGCCUAUGUGGCGAGCAAGAAGAGCCUGGUCCUAAUAGAGACGUCCUCCAAGAUGAAUGUAAACGUGGAGCUGUGUUUCAACGCGCUGCUGCAGCAGUUGGAUAAGACGCGUGGGAAGCCCAAGACGCUGCCGUAUUUGGAGGCGUACAGAAGCCAGCGGCAGCUGGUGGCCUCCGUCACCGACCGCUUUGAGAAGCUGAUGCUGCAGGCUGUGCGGGACUACCACACCUCCUGGAAAACUGUGAGCAAUAAUCUCAGGGGGCAAGCGGACUACGAGGACUUCAUCAUGCUGGAGGGGACACGGAAAGCACGGAACACCUUCACAAAGCACAUUGCACAGCUGAAGCAGGAGCACAUCCGCAAGAGAAGGGAGGAGUACUUCACCACGCUGCCCAAGACCCUGAACAACAUGCUGAACAACCUGGACGAGGUGGAGCAUCUGACGUGGCACGAGGCGCAAGGUGUGAUCCGGAACCGGCACGACUUCCAAUUCUGGUUCAUUGUCUUGGAGCAGACUCCGUGGGAUGAGUCGGAGCACAUUGGCAACAGCGACAGGAGGAUACCCUUUGACCUGCUUGAGACUCCUGAAGCCGAGCGCAUAUACCACAACCACGUGCAGCACUUAUUGCUGGAGAAGCGCAGAGGAGAAAUGAAAGAGCGGUUCAAGAAGACGUUAGAUAGAGUGCACUUCAUCAGCGCUGGUCAGCCCUGGGAGGAGGUCAUGUGCUUCGUGAUGGAGGACGAAGCUUACAAGUACAUCACAGAGAUGGACCGGCGAGAUGUGUAUGCCAGGCAUCAGCAGGAGAUUGUGGAGCGCGCCAAAGAAGAGUUUCAGGAAAUGCUGUUCGAACACGCAGAGCUGUUCUAUGACCUGGACCUGAACGCCACGCCCACCUGCGACAAGAUGAUGGAAAUACACAGUGUUUUGAAUGAGGAGCCCAGAUACAGAGCCCUGCAAAAGCUAGCUCCAGACAGAGAGUCGCUAUUGCUCAAACACAUUGGGUUUGUUUAUCAUCCAACAAAAGAGACGUGUCUGAGUGGUCCAAACUGUGUGGAUAUGAAAGUAGAGCAAGUCCUGGCGAACAGACUGGUUCAGCUGGAUCACGGACACUCCAACCUGUACUACAACAGCCCCAGCGUGGAUAAACUGAACCUGUGUCUCUUAGGGAAGGAAGGGUUAGCGCAGGAACUAGCCAACGAAGUCCGCGCUCAGUCCACAGACGAUGAAUACACUCUUGACGGAAAGAUUUACGAACUGGAGUUGCUUCCUGUCGAUGUGAACUCCACGCUGCUGUUCAGCCACACCUGGGUCUCCACCUUCAAACCGCACGGGUGCUUCUGUGUCUUCAACUCCAUCGAGAGCCUGAACUCCAUUGGGGACUGCAUCGGCAGAAUCCGAGCAGAAAUUGCUGGAAGUCGCAGAGAUCGGUUUGCACAAGCUCUACCGUUUAUCCUCAUCCUGGCCAAUCAGAGAGACAGCAUAUGCAAAAACAUCCCGAUUCUGAGACACCAGGGACAGCAGCUUGCUAACAAGCUUCAGUGCACUUUCGUUGACAUUCUCACAGGCGCGUUUCCCCGCAAGUUCACAGAAUUCCAAAUCAAGCAAGGGCUGAGGGCAGUGCUAGACAAUAUGAAACACAGCUUUGACUUCCUGGCUCCUCUGCCGUCCAUCAAAGACAUGUCUGAGUGCGAUCUGCGAAUCGUCAUGUGUGCCAUGUGCUGGGACCCCUUCAGUGUUGACCUGAUCCUGUCUCCGUUCCUGGACUCUCACUGCUGCAGCGCUGGUCCCAGCGGCCAGAGCAACACAUUGAUCCUGGAUAAGAUCCUCGGCGAAACACGGAGAAGGAUCCAAGUGACAGUUCUGUCCUAUCACACAGCUAUCGGCGUCCGGAAGGAUGAACUGGUCCACGGAUACAUCCUAGUGUAUUCUGCCAAACGCAAGGCCUCCAUGGCAACGCUGCGAGCAUUUUUAGCCGAAGUCCAAGACGUGAUCCCGGUUCAGAUGGUGGCCAUCACCGACAGCCAGGCUGACUUCUUUGAGAACGAUGCCAUAAAGGAGCUUAUGACGGAAGGGGAACAUAUUGCCACAGAGAUUGCAGCCAAAUUCACUGCGUUGUACUCUCUGUCGCAGUAUCACAGACAGACUGAAGUCUUCACUCCCUUUUUCAAUGAGACCUACGAGAAAAAGCAGAGCAUCGAGAGUUCCUUCCUGUUUGAUAAUUCGUCCAGAGAGUGUUCGACCGGAGCCAGUGAAGACGUCUUCCAGACGUCGCCACCGAGCCAUUCUCCCUACACCACGUACUAUCCAGAUUCUGACGACGAUAACGAGGCUCCACCCCCCUAUAGCCCCAUCGGGGACGAGGUCCAGCUGCUACCCACUCCCAGCGAGAGAGCCAAAUACCGCAUUGACCUGGAGGGAAACGAGUAUCCCAUCCACAGCACUCCAGUCGAACACGAACGCAAUCAUAAAGUGCCUCCUCCGGUUCGGCCCAAACCGGUUCUAACCAAACCAAACGUGCGGAAACUCGACCCUAACUUACUCAAAACAAUAGAAGCAGGAAUGAGGAGCAACCGGCGAGUGCCCCGGCCGCCACUGGUGCAUGCGGAGGACGUGGAGACCUCCGAGAACUACGCAGAUCCUGCCGACACACUGAGGUCGCGAGGGUUCAUCAGUGACGACAUCUACGCCGUUCCAGAGGAUUCUCACAGCCGCCUCAUUAAGAUACGUAACUCUUUUGGGCAGCACCACAGCGGCCUGGAGGAGGAGAACGGAUACGAACGCAAAGCUAACUCUACGGCGCGCAGACCGUCCAAAUACAAGCACAGGUCAAAGAUCCUGUUCAGUAAGACGAAGGCGUACCAGCGACGCUUCCAGUCGGAUAGUGAUGGUGAGGACAGUGGACCAGCAACGCAGAAGAAGAAAAAGGGCAGAGCCCACAGAGGCAGCGAGGAGGACCCUCUCCUGUCUCCGGCUGAUCAGUGGAAACAAGGCAUCGAUAACCCAGCAAUCACCUCUGACCCCGAGCAGGACGACAAGAAGGUGAAGAAGAAGAAGAGCUCCAAGACUCCCAAGGAGCCCAAGAAGCCCAAAUCGUCGAAGAACACGAAGCCUCUGUAUCCGCCCAUCCGCAGGAACUGGGACAGUAACUAUUUCGGUGUCCCGCUGGAGAACCUGGUGACCCAGGAGCGACCCAUCCCCCUGUUCAUCCAGAAAUGUGUGGAGUACCUGGAGAAGACCGGUUUGACCACAGAAGGCCUUUACAGAGUGAGUGGCAACAAGACGGACCAGGACAACAUCCAGAAGCUGUUUGACCAAGACCACAGUAUAGACCUUCUGGAGCUGGACGUGGCAGUGAAUGCGGCGGCUGGAGCUCUGAAGGCGUUCUUUGCAGAUCUGCCAGAGCCUCUGAUCCCCUACAGCCUGCACCCUGAGCUGGUGGAGGCCGCAAAGAUCAUGGACUACAUGGAGCGUCUGCUUGUUCUGAGGGAAAUCGUCAAGAAGUUUCCCCCAGUGAAUUUCAACGUGUUUAAAUACAUCAUCUCCCAUUUGAACAGGGUGUCCCAUCACAGUAAGACCACACUGAUGACCGCUGACAACCUGUCCAUCUGCUUCUGGCCCACACUGAUGCGUCCAGACUUCGAGAACAUGGAGACUCUGUCCACCACAAAGCUGAACCAGUCUGUGGUGGAGUGCUUCAUCCUCCAGAGCGACUUCUUCUUCUACGGAGGAGAGGUGGCCGAGAGCAGCAGUAGUGAGGGCACUCCCCCCCCACACCAGUGUCACAGUAUGGUGGAGGCCCUGCUCCCACUGCAGCUGCCCCCGCCCCUGCAGCCACAGCAGAUUCAGCAGAGCCUCCGCCUCCCAUCAUCCAUCCCCGGGAAGAGACACAUCCACAGCCCCGCGCCACCUAUAGCCGAUGGAUUAAGCAGCAUAGCCGCUUCUGUUUUUCCAGAUGAGUGCACUGAGAUGAUGGGACCAGGUCUGGACCAGGACUGUGGAUCAUCAGGUCGACCGGGGGCCAGUCGAGGGACCACCACUGACUCCAGGAGGUGUCAGAAGCCUCCUCCUCUUCACACCGGAGCCGACUGGAAGGUGGUUCUACAUUUACCAGAGAUCGAGAAGUGGCUGAGAGCUGCAGGGGACCGGGUCAACCAGCUGUCCCACUCUGUGUCCCAGGACAGGGAUGGGAGACAUGUGGACACACAUCUACUUCAGCUCAAGGACAUCUGUGAGGACAUCUCGGACCAUGUGGAGCAAAUCCACGCUCUCCUGGAGACGGAGUUCUCCCUGAAGCUGCUGUCCUACUCCGUGAACAUCAUUGUGGACAUCAGGAGUGUGCAGCUGCUGUGGCACCAGCUCAGAGUCUCAGUCCUGGUUUUGAAGGAAAGACUUCUCCAGGGUCUUCAGGACUCCAACGGCAACUUCACCAGACAGACAGACAUCCUGCAGGCCUUCAACCAGCACACAGAGACUCGUUUGGAGGAGCUGACGGAGGAGGACGACUGUGGAGCCCUCACCAUCCGCUGUAGUCGUGAUUACUUCUCUCUAGACUGUGGCAUCACUGCUUUCGAACUCAGCGACUACAGCCCCAGCGAAGAGAACCAGCCCACACACCAGUCCAACCGGCCCAAACACUCUGACUCCGAAUGUUCAGACAGAAGUGACCUCUCCGACCCUGAGGAGGGAGAGACGGAUCAAUGCAGCGGAGAAAGCACCAAGAGGAGCCACAGUGUUGGAGGUUCUCCCACACAUCAGUCCAAAAGAGCAGCGCUGGUGUUAGAAGGAACCAGGCCAGAACAGGCAACACUACAGUCUGAGAGAGCAGAGAGAACCUGGACAGAGCAGGAGGAGGACAGGGGAGCAGAAAUACCCAGGACAGAGCAGGAGGAGGACAGAGGAGUAGAAAGACCUAGGACAGAGCAGGAGGAGGACAGAGGGGGAGAGAGAAUCAGGACAGAGCAGGGGGAGGACAGAGGAGCAGAGAGAACCAGGAUAGAACAGGAGGAGGACAGAGAAGCAAGGAGAAAAAGUAUAGAGCAGGGGGAGAACAGAGGAACAGAGAGAACCAGGACAGAGCAGGAGGAGGACAGAUUAGCAGAGAAAACCACGACAGAACAGGAGGAGGACAGAGGACCAGAGAGAGCCAGGCCAGAGCAGGAGGAGGACAGAGGAGUAGAGAGAACCAGGACAGAGCAGGAGGAGGACAGAGGAGCAGAGAGAACCAGGCCAGAGCAGGAGGAGGACAGAGGAGCAGAGAGAACCAGGCCAGAGCAGGAGGAGGACAGAGGAGUAGAGAGAACCAGGACAGAGCAGGAGGAGGACAGAGGAGUAGAGAGAAUCAGGCCAAAGCAGGAGGGGGAUAAAGGGGCAGAAAGAACCAGGCCAGAGCAGGAGGAGGACAGAGGAGCAGUGAGUACCAGGAUAGAGCAGGAGGAAGACAGAGGAGCAGAGCCGAGGCACCAAAAGCAGGACGAGACCAAACACAGCUGCCUUUCCAACAUGGAGACUCCGGAGAAACUGGAGAUCUGGUUGGAGCUGAACCAGGGCCGUCCACGCAACAAGCACUUCAAGAGUCCCUCCAUCACCACGGGGGAGAGUGUGCAGACUCUACCCCAUGACAGGAGCUCGUCUGUGGACAGUGGGAGCUCCUGCAGCCCCCUGUGUGGAGGGGAUGAGGCCGAGGUGAGGCCGGCUCACGCACACAGCGGGUCCUCAGACAUGGAGGCUUCAGCCGAGGAGUCCAGACCGUCCAGCUCUGAGACCAGAAGCCAGGAGGACCAGAUCUUCUACAGCUCCUCCCCACAGCACUGGUUUGGCUCAGAGGAGUUCCUGGCUCUCCCGGCUCAGCUCCGCAAAACCGAGAUGCUCACGAUGGACCUGGAGUCUCUGGCCAAGUCCAUGUCUUUAGGUCUGGGCAGGUGCGAUCCUUCCCAUGAUGCUGUGCAGGACGUGGAUGACUGGGACUUGACGGAGCUGAACUCAGACUGGGAGACACUGGAGACUGGAGUAGAGACUGGGAGCAGCGUGGAGGAGAGUGAAGACCCUUCUCCUCUGCCCAGAACACAGUUCCCGUUCAGACGCCAGCCCCUCCCCAGCCGCUUCAGUCCCUCCUCCUCCAGUGAUGUUGCACCCUCAUUGGACGAGAGCCUGGAGUCUGGGAGAAUCAGUGAGCUGCAUUCAGAGGAGGAGGCGGGGCCAGUGCAUCGAGGCAUCACAGCGCCACCUGCAGAUGCUGCUGGGAAAUACACCCUGCAAAAACUGCUGCAACAGAUACACCUCAGUGACCAGGAGCCACAAGUGUGGAUCCGAGUCGAGUCGCUGGUGCAGAAGUUGGACGGUUUUAUCUCAUGGCUCCAGGAUUCACUGGACAGCACCGAAAACUGGACCCAGCCCAGACAAGAUCCAGAGAGCCUCAAGGCCUAUCUCUCCACACACCUGAGUUUUAAGCUGGACGUGGACUUGCACAGUUCCCUCAGAGACCAGAUUCUGGAGGAGGGACGCCUUCUGCUCAGCUGCAUUUCCUCCCAUCACUCAGCUCUGCGAGACAUCCUCCACAUGGUAUCAUCUCAGUGGGACCAGCUGCAGAGACAGAUCCGCAGGCAGCAUGGCUGGAUGCUACGAGCUCUGCGCUGUGUCCAGGCCCGCCUCUUCUACCAGUUCGACCAAUCACAUCAGCCCCUGUCCUCUCCAGCCACCAAUCACAAGACAGCUCAGCUCAGCGAGGGCCCCAAGUACCCCCGUAAGUACCACCGUAAGUACCACCGUAAGUACCCCUGUAAGUACCACCGUAAGUACCACCGUAAGUACCACCGUAAGUACCACCGUAAGUACCACCGUAAGUACCACCGUAAGUACCACCGUAAGUACCACUGUAAGUACCUAGAAGUACCACUGUAA